AUGGGCGAAUUCUUUGAAAAUGGGAAGAUAAACGUUGGGUGUGGAACCUCCUUCGUAAUGCUAAUUCCGAAAAUGAAAGAUCUAGUGGAGCUGAACAACUAUCGGCCUAUUAACCUUAUUGAUAUCAUAAGCAAAGUGGUUUCAAAAGGUUUGGCUAAUCGUCUUAAAAAGGUGAUCGGGUCCAUGAUUUUAGAGUCCCAAUCGACUUUCAUUAAAGGUAAUUACAUUCUGGACGGACCGCUUUUAAUAAAUGAAAUCACAAAUUGGGGGAAAAAGACUAAGAAAAAGAUGGGGUUCCUGGGUAGAUGGUGCUCAUGGAUAAAAGGAAUCUUAGAGUCGGCGAGAUCCUCGGUAUUGGUUAACGGGUCACCGACCUUUGAAUUUCAAUGUCAAAAAGCUUUGCGUCAGGGGGAUCCCAUCUCGCCGUUCCUAUUUAUCAUGGUGAUGGAGAUGCUUUCUUACAUGAUUGACAAAGCCAUAAGCGUUGACGCUUUGUCGGGCAUCCAAAUUCCUAAAGGGACGUGUGUUUCUCACUUUUUAUAUGAAGACAAUGCUAUUAUACUUGGGGAAUGGUUUCCAUCUAAUAUUAGGAACGUGGCGAAUAUUUAUGCUAUCGGUGUACAACCGGGUGAGUUAAACAAUAUGGCUGCGGCAGUUGGAUGUCAAGCGGGUAUUUUUCCCUUCAAGUAUCUUGGUCUUAUGGUGGGGGCUAACAUGAAUCGGGUGAGUAAUUGGAAACCGGUGUACGAUAUAUUUGAUGCUCGUAUAGCAAAAUGGAAGGCGGCUUUAUUAUCUAUCGGUGGAAGAACUACGCUAAUCAAAGUUGUUUUCGGAAGCCUUCCCAACUAUUAUUUCUCCUUAUAUAAGGCGCCGGUUCAAGUGAUCAAGGAUUUGGAAGCGAAAAUGAGGAAUUUCCUGUGGGGUGGGGACGAUUCGGUAAAAAAGCUUUAUUGGGUCGCUUGGGAUCGGGUGUCUCACCCUAAAAAGAACGGUGGGCUCGAUUUAAGUAAACUGAAAAAAUAUAAACAUUUCUUUGCUGUCCAAGUGGGGGUGGAGGUUCUUAGCUGA